UCCUUUAAUGUGAUUAGCAUUCUUUGUCUUAUUCAGUCACUUUGCGUAUCUUUCUAGCCUCUUAUGCUAAUGUAAUGACGGAAGUUUUCAACUAACUUGGACCGUCCCGUCAUCGUGCUGUAGUCAUUCAAUCAUGAUCAUGUUGCCAUUGUUGUGCCAUUGACGUCAUCAUCAUGCAUUCGUUGCCUUACUAUUGUCAUGAUUCCGUUGUCGUCGUUUCAUAGUCAUCAUGCAAUUCUUGUCACGCCAUCGUUGCCAUGCCAUCAUCAUCAUCAUACAGUCGUUUUCACGCUGUUUUCGCACUAUCUUCAUCAUUUCAGAAACGACAUUCUAUUGUUGUCAUACUGCCUUCAUCUUUCCAUCCACAUAAUUCCUUCCUUGUCAUUUCACUGUUUUACUGUCAUUUCAUUGGAAUCAUGCUGUCGUCAUUCAAUCAUCAUGAAGCCGCCGUUGUCAUGCUAUCGCCGUCAUAAUUCCAUUGUCGCCAUACCGCUUUCAGAGUUCCGUCGUAAUAUGCAUGCUGUCGUCAAGCGUGUGCUGUCAUGCUAUCGUCGUCAAUCCAGCUUCGUCAUACCGUCGUCGUCAAGCCAUCGUCAUCAGGGUCAUGGGCCACCUUGGUGAACCAUGGCAGCAAUGCAACGAGCAUGUCAGUACCGAAGAGCUUCCGACGCUUGCAGUCGCAUGUGCGAAGCACGGUACUUAUCAUUUCCCAAGAAAUCCGUGCUGCCAGCCUGUUCGUGCUUACAAGUAAAGAUGCGACUGUUGUCCACGUCGCAGCAACGCUUGUCUUCUAGCAGUACGCCUGGGUCAGUAGACACCACUUCGGCAGAGUACCAGUUCCUGGAGCGGAGUGUCUUGCCCACCAUGCAUUUUCAGAAGAGCCUUCCACGACUGCCUAUUCCAAAAUUGGAAAAAACUUGUGAGCGUUACCUGCAUGCGUUGGAGCCUCUGGUUACUUCAGAAGAACUGGAAAAGACACGAGCUCUUGUUUAUGCCUUCAAGGAUAAUGAAGGUGCAGAACUGGACCUCCUGCUGAGAAAGAAGGACAAGGCCAACAAGCACACCAGCUACAUUUCAGGUCCUUGGUUUGACAUGUACCUGACUUCUCGAAAACCUCUUCCACUCAACUUCAAUCCAUUUUUGGCAUGGAAAGAUGAUAUGCGGCCUGCAUAUAUGGAUCAGACUGUUCGUGCGUGCAACAUGGUGAUCUCUUCUCUGCGCUUCUUGCGGUCCCUACAAAACAAUCAGCUGGAGCCCAUGGUGUAUCAUCUCAAUGCCAAAAAGAGCGACACGCAGACAUACAGGCGUACCAUCAAGAUGCUGCCAGAAGCCAUGGCAUGGUACGCAAGUGCUUUGCUGUGGAAGGCUUACCCUCUCGACAUGAGCCAGUUUCGCAACCUCUUUGCAAGCACACGGAUACCACUGAUUGGACGUGACAAGAUUGAGGCGUUUUCAGACUCCAAGCACAUUCUAGUUAUUCGCAAUGGCCACUUUUAUGCCCUUCAGGUUUUAGAUGACAAAGGCAACCUCUUUGGACCUGAGCAUUACCAAGCAUGCCUGAGUCGCAUCAUGGCUGACAAUCGGCCUGCGCCCGCUGUUCCUGUGUCAGCGCUGACAGCAGCGCCUCGGGAUGACUGGGCUAGGGCACGUAAGGACCUCCUGGCUGCCCAGAAUGAGAGCACACUGCGGCAAAUAGACAGUGCCCUCUUUGUGCUGGUGCUAGACAGUGAGGCAUUCCAGGGCACAGAACAGGAGAAGAUAGCCCACCAUUUUCUUCAUGGUCCUAUCCAUAACAGGUGGUUCGACAAGUCUUUUUCACUGCUUCUCACAGCAGAAGGGCACGCAGCUAUUAACUUUGAGCACUCGUGGGGUGACGGAGUGGCUGUACUGCGCUAUUUUAAUGACAUCUACACUGACAGCACUGAGCAACCUUACGUUCAUCCUGGCCAGUCUGCAAACAUCAAUCCUGAGCCCUACGUACAGCGGCUUGACUUCAUUGUCAAUGAUGCUGUGAAGGCAGCUGUGCAGAAAGCCCAGCAAAAUUACGAGGAGCAGACUGGCAACCUCCAACUAGCUGCUAUGGUGCACUCUGGCCUCAGCAGGGACCUCAUCAAGCAGAGCAAGCUCAGUCCCGAUUCAGUCAUGCAGCUCUCUUUCCAGCUGUCCUAUUUCCUGGCACAUGGAGGCACGGCGGCGACUUAUGAAUCGUGCAGCACAUCUGCUUUCAAGCAUGGACGAACUGAAACAGUGCGACCAGCAACAAUGGCCACAAAACGUUGCGUGGAGGCACUCAGCUCGGACAAAAAGCUGAACCUUACUCGGCCACUUCUGGAGGAAUGUUCCAGAGUCCACAACCAGCUCACGAAGGAGGCUGCCAUGGGUCAAGGGUUUGACCGUCACUUGUUUGCCCUGAGGGUGUUGGCUGAAGAGAAGGGCCAGGCCUUGCCCGCUAUUUAUACAGACAGAUGCUUCGAAAAGGCAAAUCAUAUUGUCCUUUCAACAUCCACUUUACAUGGUAUGGCGUUCAGUGGUGGUGGCUUUGCACCUGUAGUACCAGAUGGCUAUGGCAUCGGCUAUGGCAUGGUGGAUGACAAGUUAGCAGCCCUGGUCAGUGCUUACAGCCCCCAUCGAGAUGCCAGGAAAUUCUCAGCAUGCAUGGUUGAGGCUUUAGAUCGUAUUUGUGUUGCCAUGAAGUGCUCUUAGGGAAUGAAAGAAGUGAUCAUGAUCUUUACAUGAAGAUCAUGAGAUUGGGUGCUGCAUUCCUCCUAGUUCAGCCUAGGUUUAAUUUCAACCAGUAACGAGGAUAAGGAGCUUGUGCUACUUGAGCACCUUCUCUAUUUCUUGCAAAACAUGGUAUUUAUAAUUAUGCGCAGAGAAAGAGGUGUACCGUAUCUUUCAGCAUGGCAGCUACGGUUUCUGUAAAUCACUUGAAAUCACAGUUGAAAUUUGAUUAUGGACCAGUGAAAGCUAUCAGAUGCUUAGUAAGAUAUAGUAACACGCUUGAGCACAGACAUACAUACAUGUAUAUAUUGAUGUUUUGUACACUUGAUAAAAGACAAUAAAAGGUAUUUUCUUGAUCA